AUGGACCUGGUUCUGGAUGUGGCCGACUGGUACGUGCUGACCCCAUACGUGUACCCCUCGUCCUGGGCAGAGGAAGGCGCCCUGAGGCAGCUCCUGAGCCUCCUGCUGCUCACUAACUUAGGAGCCACCGUCCUGUACCUGGGACUAGGGGCCCUCAGCUACUACUGCGUGUACGACCACACGCUCAUGAAGCACCCACACUUCCUUCAGAAUCAGGUAAGGAGAGAGAUCACAUAUGCCAUGACCUCUCUGCCCUGGAUCAGCCUGCCCACUGUGGCCCUGUUCUUCGCCGAGGUGCGUGGAUACAGUAAACUCUACGACAACGUGUCCGACCAUCCACUGGGCUGGACGGGCUUCUUCCUCAGUGUGGUCUCCUUCCUCCUCUUCACCGAUGGGUGCAUUUACUGGAUCCACAGGUUUCUGCAUCACAAGAGCAUCUAUAAGCUGUUCCACAAACCCCACCACAUCUGGAAGGUGCCCACCCCGUUUGCCAGCCACGCCUUCCACCCAGUGGACGGCUUCAUGCAGGGGCUCCCGUACCACCUGUACCCCUUCCUCUUCCCGCUGCACAAGGUACUCUACCUGGCCCUCUACGUUUUUGUCAACAUCUGGACGAUCUCCAUCCACGACGGCGACUACCGCGUGCCUGGCCCACUGAAGGGCCUGGUCAACGGCUCCGCCCACCACACAGACCACCACCUCUUCUUCGACUAUAACUACGGCCAGUACUUCACCCUGUGGGACCGGCUGGGAGGCUCGUACAGACACCCCUCUGCGCUCAUGGGGAAGGGCCCCCUGGAUCUGAUCCGCAGGCUGCAGAGAGAGGCCAAAGGGAACCAGCAGAGUGAGGCCAAAGGGAACCAGCAGAGUGAGGCCAAAGGGAACCAGCAGAGUGAGGCCAAAGGGAACCAGCAGAGUGAGGCCAAAGGGAACCAGCACACACACAAGGAGGAGUAG